CACGGCCAGUGUUUGUCGCGCGGUCGCUUGUUGCGGUUGUGUGCGCGCCCCACGUCCCGGGUUCGAAUACGAAUGUGAAAUAAAUAUUUAAUAUUUUAUUGUGGAAAUCAAGAUGGUUUGCAAAGUUGCACCUAGCGAUGGCACUCCUACACAUAGGACCGUUGGUAACGACAGCCAGGAUCAAGCGCAGGGCGUAGCUGACUAUGAAACGGCUCUGGACUCAGCUGGUUACGGUCGCUUCAGCCGGAGCGUGUUAGGAGCUUGUGCGUGCGCAUUCUUCACAACUGGCGUGCAGAACUGCGUAAUGUCGUACGUGUUGCCUGCCGCCAAGUGCGAGCUGCGCUUAACUACGUACCAAGCAGGACUUGUCAAUAUGGCGUUUAUGUGUGGUGGCGUUGCCAGCGCUUUCUUCUGGGGCAUAGUUGCGGAUGUGUUCGGCAGACGGACCAUCCUGAGUGCUACCCUCCUUAUCGACUCAGUUAUACUGUUGGCUCAGAGCACCGUGUCUGACUAUCGUAUACUGCUUGCAGCAAGAACUGUUAAUGGAUUUCUAAUCGGCGGGCCGUCAACAAUCGUCUUCACGUACCUAUCAGAUCUGGUUGGAGUGAAGCGACGCCAGCUUUAUCUGAACAUAACUGGCAUGAGCUUCGUCGCUGCUUGGCUUAUACUACCAGCUGUAGCGUGGUUAGUGAUACCAUUCAAGUUGGAGAGCCACUCCCAGCUGCCUGUUCAUUCCUGGCGAUUGUAUCUAGCGCUAGGCAGUAUUCCGGGUUUCCUGGCCGGCAUGUGGGUGCUGUUGCUGCCGGAGAGUCCUCGACUGCUCUGUGACACCAACAGGAGUGAGAUGGCACUGAAGCUGUUGACUAAGAUACAUAGAUGCAAUAUGGGAUUUACUGGAGAAUUUAAGGUAAAGAAGUUGAUACCAGAUAAUAUUUUCGUGGCGAAGACUGUAAAUGGAGAAGAGAACCGAACGAAGAUAUUAUUCAUCGGAGUGUUAAAGGACUUGAAGAUGUUUGUAUCGAAAGCAUAUGCUUUGAAAUCAACCCUGAUUCUUUUCGUCUUCUUUGCGAAUAUGGCUGCUGGUUUUGGCUUAAACCUCUGGAUCCCUGAACUCCUGCUCCGCAUGCAAGGCAAAGAAUGCGCAUACUCGCGUAGCAUACCUGAAACUGCAAAGCUGUUCAAUGCUAGCAACGUCGCGUGGAAGGAUUUAUCCAAAGUACAUGAUUAUACCACAGAAUUGGACAGGUUCAAUGGUACACUUUUCAACGUGCACGAAGGAGGAAGCGUUAGAUGUGAUGAAAAUAUUGACAGUGCUGUGUUCACAUCAGGUCUGAUAGUUGGCGUGUGCUGCGUGCUGGGUAACGCAGCGUGUGCGGUGCUGAGCGGGCGAGGGGGAGCUCGCGGAGUCCAGCGGGCAGCAGCCGCAUGCGCGCUGGCUUGCGCUCUAGCUUGCGCGUGUCUUGCGGCAUGUGCGUGCUCCUGCGCUACUUCGAGUAAAGUGGCGGUUGCAGCAGCUGCAGCACUAAAUGCCGCUUCGUUAAACGGCAAUGUGCUGCUGAUUAGACUACUUCUGCACGCAUUGCCUGCUAAGUUGAGUGGUUUGGGUGUUUGCUGGGGAGCAUGGUGGGGCCGUGCUGGCGGCGUUAUGUCCAACUUGGCGGUAGGAGUGCUUCUAGACUAUUCCUGCCCGGCGCCCUUCGUCUCAGUUGCCGGUUUGCUAACAAUUUCAAUUGGUGCAAUUAUGAUGAUAAAACUCGAUGACCACAACAGCGAAGCGGGAGAAGAGAAGACUGAACAAGAGAGUGAGAAGUACACGGGUCUUGACAGAUACAUCUCCACACAUAUGUAGUGGAAGAUAGAGACGAAUGGAGACAUAUAGUGAAGUGACAAAGUUGAAUAUUAAGCGAAAUGUUGUAAGAAAGUGUUGUCUUUAACAAUAAACUACCAUAACAUUUAUUUUAUUGUUCUCUGUGUAUUUUUAAUGUGGCAACAUUUCUACACAGAUGUUUUGACAGGCUUGCACAGAUACAAUCGAGGAAUCUAGCGAUGUUCCACUUCAAAAGCUAAGUUUGAAUAUUUUGUACAGAUUAAAACGCGGAACAAUAACCAAA